CUCGCCAAACGAGAGAUUUGCGAUAUCUAAACAUUUAUGGCUGAAAAUUGCCUCAUCACCGGAUCUUAGGCUAGUGGUGAAUGGUUGCUGGAAAACAUCCACUCUCUAUACUAAACAAAGCUGCGACUCAGCUUCAAUCAAAACUACGUUGUUAAAACUCAGUCAUGUCUCAUAUGGUCAUACGGAUUCAGUCUCCUGAGCAUGGUACAAAACGUCUUGAUGUUAAAAGCUCUGAUAAUGUGACAGCUUUUCUUGAAAAGGUACAAGAACUUUUUCUUCUGGGUGACACCGGCUGGGAACUGUAUAAAGAAAGAAACAAAAAAGACUUCAUUCGGGCUUCAAGAUCAAAAAAGCUCAGUGAUUAUCAAAUUAAACAUGGUGACAUGUUGUAUAUGGAAGUAAGCCAGUCAAGAAGACCAACAGCAGUUGCAGAUACCGCCAGCUAUAGUAAUCACAGCAGUGAAACAGGUCUUGCCAGUUUAGUGCCUGAUGUUGUUGAGGAUGAGGUAGACAGGUUAUUGAGAGAAGAAGAUGGUAAAAUUUACAGAAAUAGGAAUGACCAACUCUGUCGACAUGGCCCACAGGGUAAAUGUCUCCACUGUGUUCCUCUUGAGCCUUAUGACAGAGAGUUUCUAAGCAAAUGUGAUCCCCCAAUUAAAUUUUUGUCUUUCCACUCGUAUAUAAGAAAAUUAACUGGUGGAGUUGACAAGGGAAAAUUUGUGAAUCUGGAGAAUUUAAGCUGUAAAAUAAAGCCUGGUUGUAAGGAACAUCCGCCCUGGCCUGGGGGUAUUUGUACCAAAUGUCAGCCAAGUGCUGUCACCUUAAACAGACAGGAGUAUAGGCAUGUUGACAACAUCAUGUUUGAGAACCCGGCUGUAGCUGACAGGUUUCUGAACUACUGGCGUUUUUCUGGCUGCCAAAGAAUUGGUAUUUUGUUUGGGCGCUAUGAAAUGUUCAAAGAUGUGCCCCUUGGAAUAAGAGCAAGAGUAGCUGCCAUUUAUGAACCUCCUCAGAAAACAUCAGUUAACAAAAUUGAACUGCUGCCUGAUCCAAAGGAAGUGCUGGUAGUAGCAGCAGCUGAAAAAAUGGGACUGCGGCCAGUAGGUUGGAUUUUUACAGAUUUGGUUGCUGAUGAUCUUUCUAAAGGCACAGUGAAGAAUUUUAGAGGCAAUAUUGAUUCACAUUUUCUAAGUGCUGAAGAAUGUAUUAUGGCAGCAGAUUUUCAGAGUCGGUUUACUAAUCCAUGUAAACUAUCACCGGAUGGUCAUUUCGGUUCAAAGUUUGUCACAGUAGUUGUAACUGGUGACAAUGACAACCAAAUACACUUUGAAGGUUAUCAAGUAUCAAAUCAGUGUAUGGCUCUUGUCAGAGAUGAUUGUUUUGUUCCUACAAAAGAUGUGCCACAGCUUGGCUAUAUCAAAGAAUCAAGCAAUGAACAGUAUGUGCCUGAUGUAUUUUACAAGGAUAAAGAUUCUUAUGGCAAUGAAGUUACACAUAUUGCAAGGCCACUUCCUGUAGAAUAUUUGCUGGUGACAAUCCCAGCAGCAUUUGCAUCAGAUUUUCAUUACACUUUCAAAUCCAACAUACAAUUGGAAAGUUUUCCUGUGGAAAAUAGGGAACAUGUUGGCCAAACGCAGGACUUUGCUGCAUUAACAUCCUAUUUAGAGAAAUUUCUUCCUGAAAAGUUUCUUGAGGCCAUGUCUGAUUUUCAUUUACUUAUGUUUCUUGCUACAUCAGAUAUGCUUCCACUUAAGGAAAAAAUGGAGAUAUUGUUUGAAGCUGUUAAAAAUCAUGAUGAAAGAAGAGCACUGGAAUUCAAGAAAACGGAAGAAUGGGCGACUGUUGAAGAAAUGAUGUCUGCUAAUGGAUCAUCUGGGUCAUCGUCAGCUAUGCCAGGAAUUAGCAGACCAGGAGAAGACUCCUCACAAUCUGGUUCUUUAUGGACAUGUGCUCACUGCACAUUCUUAAACCAAGCUAUCCACAACACAUGUGAGAUGUGUUCUCUGCCACACUCUUAAAUCCUCUAUUUAUUUGUAGUAGCUGUUCAGAUUUUUCAGGGAUUUAUAUCUGGAUAAGGAAAUACUAAGUAUACUACAAGAUUAUGUGUUUUUUGCCAGUGCUUCAUAAAACUUUAUUUUGCUAAAUAUAUUAAACAUUUUGGAAAGUAUUAAAUCUUAAAAUUUUGUUAGUGCAUUUCCAUUGUAUUAUUUUAUAAUACAUUGCAUUUAGUUUCACAAUAAGCAACCUAGGAACAAUUUUCUUAAUUUUUAGGCAUGGAAUAUACCAUAGGACUUGUUGUGUAGCAUAAAUCUUUGAAAAGUAUACCUGUUUCAUUAGUAUGAAUGUAACAAAGGCUUUGUGACUGUUGUAUGUUGAGUAGAUUUUUAUUCUUUAACUCUUAUCUUAAAAGAGCACUGGUGUUAUCUUUCUGGAUAAAUGGAUUUUAACUCUUGAGUUUGCUUUAUAUUAUUUUAAUAUAAAUGUAUUUGAAUUAAAAAAUAAAAAUUUAA